CACCUCUCUCCCUCUCUCUCUCUCUCUCUCUCUCUUAGCAGCGACACUCCUCCUCACGCUACUCCUCCAGCCCAGCUCUGAGGUGUGCAGCACCGCGCAGCGAAGCCCGAAGCAAGUUGAGCCCCUUUUCUUUUUCUUUCUUUCUUCCUCCGCUCUCCUAACCGCCGCACCGACUCCUCCAAACAUGUCCGGAGAGGACGCGCCGAGCCAGCAACAGAACGCCGACGAGCAGAAGCAGCAGCAGCAGCCGCAGGAGAACAAGAAGCCCGCCGAGUCGCCCAAGACCGAGAGCAAGCCGGAGACACCGCCCGCCGAGGCCGCCGCCGCCGCCGCCGCCACUGCCGAGGCUGCAGCAGCAGCAGCGCCCGCGGACAAACCUGCCGAGGAGGAUGCGUUCAGCUACCGCGCCCUGGUCCUGACCGGCUACGGCGGCUACGACAAGGUAAAGCUGCAGGUGAAGAAAGGGAAGCCCGCCCUCAAGGCGGGAGAGGUGAUGGUGCGCGUCCGGGCGUGCGGGCUCAACUUCGCCGACCUCAUGGCCCGGCAGGGGCUGUACGACCGGCUCCCGUCUCCGCCCGUCACACCCGGCAUGGAGUGCUCCGGUACCAUCGAGGCUGUGGGCGAGGAGGUGACAGACAGAAAAGUGGGGGAUAAGGUGAUGGUCCUGAACCGUAGUGGCCUGUGGCAGGAAGUGGUCGUGGUGGCGUCCAACCACACCUUCCUCAUGCCAGAGGGGAUGAGCUUCGAGGAGGCGGCAGCUCUGCCUGUCAACUACAUCACCGCCUACAUGAUGCUGUUCGACUUCGGACACCUGCGCCCCAACCAGAGCAUCCUCAUCCACAUGGCUGCAGGAGGAGUGGGUAUAGCUGCCACUCAGCUAUGUAAGACGGUGAAGGAUGUAACAGUGUUUGGCACUGCCUCUGCUGCGAAGCACGAGGUUAUCAGCGAAGGUGGAGUCACACACCCCAUCGACUACCGCACACGGGAUUACGUGGAAGAGAUCCGCAAGAUCAGCCCUAAAGGUUUGGACAUCGUUCUGGAUCCCCUGGGUGGUUCUGACACCAAUAAGGGCUACAACCUGUUGAAGCCCAUGGGAAAACUCAUUAGCUAUGGUGCCGCCAACAUGUUGUCGGGGCAGAAGAAGAACCUGUUUGCGGUGGCUAAGACCUGGUACCAGCAGUUCUCCGUUCACACGCUCAGUCUGAUCCAGGGAAAUCGCUCUGUGUGUGGUUUCCAUCUGGGCUACCUGGACUCUGAGACUGAACUCAUCUCGGAGGCCAUGACCGCAGUGCUGGACCUGUACCAGCAGGGCAAAGUCAAACCCCGCAUCGACUCCACCUUCCAUCUGGAACAGGUCGGCGACGCCAUGCGCAAGAUGCAGGAGAGGAACAACAUCGGAAAGGUGAUCCUCACCACCGAGCCCAUGAAGGAGGAGCCCAAGAAGGAGGAGGCCAAGAAAGACGAGAAGGAGGACAAGAAGAAGGACGACAAGAAGAAAGACGACAAGAAGAAGGAAGACAAGAAGAAGGAGGAGGCCAAGAAGGAAGAGAAGAAGGAGGAGAAGAAGAAGGAGGAGGCCAAGAAGGAGGACAAGAAGCCGGAAGAGAAGAAAGAGGAGCCCAAGAAGGAGGAGAAUUGAGGAGGGCGGCUAGGCAGAAAAUUUUGUUGGCUGUGAAUUGUGUUUUGUGUAGGGAGUAGGGGAUACUUUUGAGUCUGUGUGUAUGGGUUUGGGUGUAUGUGUGUGAUUGUGUGCGUGUGUUUGUUGGUGUGUGUGUGUGUGUGUAUGUAUGUAUGUAUGAGUGUGUUUGUGUUACGGGGUGGUGGGGAUUACAAUGUAGUCCAGCUCUCAGCUCAACCCCAGGCGAUUACUCUGGCCUUAGAUCAACAUCUCUCACUGAAAUCUGCCAUCAGUUAACCAGCCUUACACACAUGCUGCUUAACACUCACUAAAACACACACACACACACACAAACAUUUUUACUCUCACACACACAUAUACACACAUACAUAGACAGACACACACAUCAUAAAACAGGGACGUACCACUCCUCCUCUAUGCCACUGUAUGUAUCUAUAUGUUAUGCGUUGUACUUUUUUCCGGUAGUAUUCAUGCCACAGCACAACAGCACGGUUCUUUGUGCUGUUACUAAUCUGUGACUGCACGCCUGCCUGUCAGGUGUGCUAUAUCAGUAUUAUACUGCCACAUAUACCACUAAAAGUAUUCUUUAUGCUCAAACACCCCAAUACUGUGUCACACUACUAAUAUCUCUAGCCUUAUUUCCGUGCCAAAGCACCAUAUUGCUAUUUGUAUACCACUUAUUGAAUUGUUGAAUCUCUGAUUAUCUAUAUAUAACAGACACAAGCAGAAUUGUGUUCGUUGCUCUAUCUCUCUUUCUAACCACUCCUUAUAUCGUCUUCAGAAAGUUGUGUACUUGCUUGCUAAGGAUUAUGGGUAAAGGCCUGGGUUCAGCGGGAGUACUACAGUGUCCCCAGAUCUGCCCCGCCCUCUUUCCUACAUCCCUACCCAACCGUCUCUGGCCUGGAAUGUUCAUCUGUACCCACCUUUCUGUCCCUCUCUGUCUCCUUACUGAUUCUCUCUCUGUACCCUCCCUCUAUUUCUCAUUGGACCAGACUCACUGAGUGGCAGCAGAAUCACUGAGCUCACUUCAUGCACACACAUACACACACAGGUCCUGUGGCAAUAUGGAGGAGUCACUGAGGUCUCUGAUUGGCUCAAAGAGGGAACAGUUAUUUAGAUGUAAGUAGGCACACUGACUGACUGUCGCCUAAAAAAAAAAAAAAAAUGGGGACAGGCUUUGGUUGUACGUAAUAAAAUGCAAAAAAACUAACAAACGCACAUUCCUCUAGAGGUGGGCGAUACUUUUUUACGAUAUAAGACACAGCUCAGAAAAAAAGACCAGUUCUGUCAUAUUGUAAAAUAUUUAAUGCAUCUCCAAAAUGGUAAUUUAAAAAAAAAAUUUGGACACAAUGUGAACAAUAAGUUUCAGUAUCAAACAGUCAAAACAUUAAAAAGAAAUGGAGUUGACUCUCUGAACUUUUAUUGGAAGUCAAUGUGAAACUAUAAUUUUGCCACAUUCUAUUACUAUUAUUGAUCCAGAUUUAAAAAUGUAAAAAAACAAGCACCAAUGAACUUUAAAUCAGUCAGUUUUUUUGAAAAUAUAAUUUUAUAAUUUUAUUAUCCUAUUAAUUCGGAACUUUCAAUAAAAAAUCAAUCUAAAAAGAUACUUUUCAAAUGCAUUUUGCAGCAUUACAUUUGGUGCAUUUCUCAUAAUAUAAAAAAAAAUCACCAGAUUCAACUUAUGACAAAAAAAGUGACAGAAAUCAAAAAUACAGAUACAAGGGUUACUGAACAUCGAGGUAUUGCCCACUUCUACAUUCCAAAUGACUUUCUCUUGUUUACAGCACUAUGCAGUUGUGGACCAGCAAAAACAUGCAGAGACUGUUACAAAACGGUAAGAGCAUGCUGUCAGCUAACAAACCUAAUAUUAUGGUCUGGAGGAGAGCUGUGCGUCUGAGGAACACUAGAAAAAGGCAGCAGCAGAUUAUCCAGAAGCCAACGACACGUCAUUCUGCACUGUAGCGCCCAUACACAUACUGGCUUCAGCUGUCAGGACAAAACAAAAGAUGAUCCUUCACCAUUAUUAAAACACAGCAGCCUUCCAGGAUUUUAACAAACCCUGCUGCCAAGCCGAACCAAUUACGGCAAACAUCUCCCUCCGCACAAAGACACACACACACUCACAUUCACAUACACACAUUCUCAGGUUAUUGUAUUAGAGGUAGGACGCUGAAACAGUCGGCGUUUGAGAUAAAUGUGAAUGCAGUUUCAUUCCAGAGGCCUCCUCCAGGAUUCCACACGAUCCGGAGCGUUCUGCUCUGAUGCCUGAUGCUCUGACCGCUGGCCUUAAACUCUCGCUAACUCGCUUCACAUUAGCCUGUUUUUCACAUAACUGCCUUUUUUUUUUAGUCUCUAGUCUGUCUUUCUCUGGCUCUCUGCCUCUCUCUACGGCUCUGUUUUACCGUCACUGGUUGGCAUAGCAACAGGCGGUUGGCCAGUAAGAGAUGACAGUCAGGUUGCCCCUCCUGCCCUCCCCCUACACACACACACAUGCGUGCACUCUCAUAUACACAUGUACGUACUAUACAUCUGUAUAUGUAUGCAUGUUAUGUAGCAUAUAUAACAUCCACAGUAUAUAUGCUUGUUUGGUACAGCAGCAGGUGAAAGUGGCCCAAAUCUGAAUGCAGUUAAUCACCAAAUCUGAUGUUUGUUAUUUAUUCUUUUUAAUGUGACUCAUAUCUAAAAUUUGUCUGAACAGAUUACUUUUCGUACAUGACCCUUGUGUACAAAAGAGCUGUGCUUCACAUGAAGUUUCGGUUUCAUUUUCAUCACCAGAAUUGCAGAAGCUGUGAAGAUGAGUUUAAUCUGGCAGGCUGAUUUUUGUUUUUAAGAAUUUGCUCAAGCCAGCUGUGAAAAGGGUGCGUUUUUCAGCCACGCCCACUUCGUGUUCAGACAUUUGAAUGUCUAUCAGAUUAUAACACCAUAUAUGGAAGUGGCCCAAAUUGGAAUUGAAAAUAUCAUACAUCUGAGACAAAUCUGUGACAAAUUUGUGUUACAUAUGACUUAAAACAUCGUAUGUUGGUCACUUUUUCCUGUUGUAUGAACUUAGCCCCAGUUUUCUCCUCUUUUAUUCUGUUCAUCAGUUCUACAGCUCUAGUCAGAUGUUCAAUCUAAGGUCCUGAGGCGUUUGCAGAUUUCCACUUUCUUCCAAUUACUUCCAUUUAAUUCCGUUUAAUUCCAUUAGUGUCUUUGUUGCUCCAUUCAGACAGACUGCUGUGUCAGACUCCAGUGUCAGAACCCUUCCCCCUCCCUCCUCUGAGACCUGUCAGUCAAACCCACUGACUCCUCCCUCCUCCUCUCUCAGCCCAUUCAUUCCAGUGUGUAGUGUAGUGUUCUGCUGCCUCGACUGGAGAUAUGGAUGCAUAACCCCUUGCCUGCCCUGCUGUGCUACAACCUGUCAAUCAAACCAGCUGACUCCUCCCUCCUCUUCUCUUAGCCCAUUCAUUCCUGUAGUUUGUAGUGUCCUGCUGGUAACUGCUCUCCCUCUCUGAUCUGAGAACUGUCAGUCAAACCCACUGACUCCUCCCUCAGCCCAUUCAUUCCUGUGGUGUGUUGUGUUCUGCUGCCUCUACUGGAGAUAUAGAGACACUGCAGUGGUUUCUAUAUUUUCAGUAUUCAAGAUUCUCUCCAGUGGAUCUGGGUUCAUGUUCGUUUUGAUUAGUUUUGUUUGUUUGAGUUGAAUGAACUGUCCUCUAUGUAUGUGUGUGUCUGUAUGUAUUGAAAGAAUGAAGGAAUCCAAUCUGGUAUGUGUUGUAUGUUUGUGUGUAUGAAUGUGUGAGGGUGUGUAUGUGUAUGUAUGUGUGUCCUCAGGUCAGUUGUCAGAUUUAGAUAAAAUAUGUUUUUUCUGUCUCUACCUCCCUUAUGCUAUGAGAUAGAAUGCCCCAUUCCUUUCAUUACUUUUUAUCCUGUUAUAUAUCUCUCUCUCACCGUCUCACUCUCUCUCUCUUUACCUUUCUCUCUGUCUCUGAUGAAUGACCUGUGUCGGUUUGGUAUUAUUUGCACUCUGCUUGUGGAUCUUAAUGCACUUAUAGGGAUGGCAGUCCCACUCCCAGUCCACCGUUCCUCAGGAGUCUCCCUCCAGCUUUCACUCACAGCCGCUCACUGCUAGCGUACACAUGUACUAUAAACAAAAUUACACACAUACAUACACACUUACACACACUUCCUCUAGCUUUCUCUCGCUGCCUUGCACACAGUUACAUGCAUGUAUAUUCAUACACGUUUCAUUUAACACAGAGGGCACUGGCAGGCACAUGUGCGUGUAUAUGUAAAUAUAUUAUGCACAGUCACUGACCCUGUUACCACAGUCAAUCAUCUCGACUACAGUCUUUACAUCUCUCAGAUACACACACACACACACACACACACAGAAAUAAUUGCACAUCGAACAUCAAAAAAAAAAAAUUAAAUAAAAAAAAAAAAAAAAGAGAACCAGCUCUUCCUCUCAUACAUGGUUGAGGCAACCCAGAAUCCACCAGGAAGGGAGUGGCACUGCCAUCCUUUUCUAAAGAGUGACAGUGUUCUGACUCAAGACCUGGAACUGGAUUCUCAUCUAAGGUUCAGUUUCGGAUCUGAAAUUUUUUGUUUCUUUUUUUUUUUUUUUUUUUUUUUAAGGUUCUGGUUCUUUUGUUGUGUUCCUCUGGUUCCUUUUCCAGUCCUGUUUUCUUGUGAUGAAUGUUGCAUCAGAGCACCAACCCAAACCAGUAACCCCUCCCAAACCUUCCCUUCCCGAGCAACCUUACAGUGAAGGGUGUCCGUCCUCAUGACCUUACCUUUUCACAAUCUGCAUUAAUUUCUUUUUACAGAUGGUUCUGUUUUGUUGUUCUUGUCGUUGCUGUGUUGUAAGCCUACUCUUCUGUUUGAGGGCUUCAGUUUGAAAUGCUUCUGCUGCAGAUUAUCUAUAGUAUUAUUCUGUUCUGUUCAAAAUGUGAGGAGUGAUGUCAUAUGAUGUUGGUCCUAAUGAAGUGUGCCAAACUCUGUCUGAGGCUCAAGCCUUUUCACUUCAGCUAUGCUUUUUACAACUUAUUACAACUUUAAAAGGGUUCCUUCUCUAAUGGAAAAGAAUAACGUGCACAAGAUGUACAAGAUGUAUGAGAUAACAACAUAUAGUCUUCUUAUAUGGUUACUUUUAAAGAUGACCAGCAGGGGGAGUGGUUAAACAAACAAACAAACAACAAAAAAAAUAAAAAAUGAGAGAAGCCCUGAGACAGAUGCCGUUGUACCUGUCGUGUGUGGUUGACCGUGCCCCCUUAAAUUUUAUUGGUGCUUAACGAUUGUUUCUGGCUUCUUCUCUAACGUUUCCGAUCUGAUCCAAUCCAUGCAAAACCAUGUCUAGUUCUCACUGUGCCGAUUAACGUUAACGAACACCGGAAUACCUCCGCAUGCAUGAACGUACAGUAUACGCCUACACACGCUCUGCACACCAGCUCUGUUCUCGAAGGGCUGAUGUCGCGUCGCACCCAGUCUCGUCUCGUCGCGUCUCGUGACGUUUUCCCGCCCAAUCUGAGGCCAGAACAGUGUAAUCAUGUUUACACCACCACCGCAAGUGUGUACGUCGGACAACUAGGCACUAGACACUGCCUGUUCAGACAUCAUCGCUUCACAGUGCAUCUCCAUCUCCAACGCCACCAUAAUAUAGACCCCAUUACUGCGAUACAGCAGGCUGAACAAUUUGAUGUUAAGUUGUGUGCUGUGAAUAUAUUUGCGCGCUACCGGAAAAAGAAAGAACGACGUUUUUCGCUAAGCUUAUUUUUCGUAGUAAAUUUUCUCCCGUAGUCUAAGAUGUUUAACAGGGUCUUGUUCCAUCGUGAGUAACUGCACUGUUGACUGCAUCGCUUGGCCUGAACCUUCUCAUCCUGGAACUGGCAUCAUAUUUUUUUAAAGAUUUCGUCCCAACUCUACUGUCGUCUGCUGACGCAUUUCAGCGCUGCGAUGUUUUAGAGUUCCAGAGCUCUUUUCCGGUUCUAGGACUUGCUCCAGUUGUAUGACAUCAGAGCUGUAGAUUCCACGUAUUCCCUCUGCUUCAUCUUCUCCUUCGUUUUUGUCUGGCUGUGCCGUGGUUAAAAAAAAAAAAACAAGAA